AUGGCGCAAAAGCGUUUCAAAUUCAAUGAGGAUGUUCUCGAGCAGCUGAGAAAUGGGACUGCGAAGUUCGAGCUUGUUUCUUCCCCGGUUCCUUCAGUUGCUCCUCCUCCUCCUAAGAACAACGCAAGCUUGUUUGGAAUUGGGAACCACAGCACUCUCUUUUUCGCUAGAAUUGGCUCAUCCUUCGGUGGACACUCUCCAGCAAUGAAGAAACUUGAGCAUUUUUCAGUCCAGAAGGUUACAGGGGAUGGGCGGUGUCUAUUUCGCGCACUGGUCAAAGGAAUGGCUUACAAUAAGGGAACAGUUCUCAAUCAACGUGAGGAGAGAGAAAAUGCAGAUGAAUUAAGAAUGGCUGUGAAAGAAGUUCUAUGUGAAAAUGAAGGUGAACGCAAUUUAUAUGAAGAAGCCCUGAUUGCAAUCACAGUUGAUGAGCCUCUAAAACGUUACUGCCAACGGAUUGUCCGACCUGAUUUCUGGGGAGGAGAAUCAGAGCUACUGGUACUCUCAAAGUUAUGUAAGCAGCCAAUCAUUGUGUACAUACCAGAGCAUGAGCAUAGAGGCGGUGGUUUUGGAUCUGGUUUCAUUCCCAUUGCAGAGUAUGGAAGUGAAUUUAGAAAACGUUCUAGGAGAACAGCUGUGAGGCUUUUAUACAGCGGCAAGAACCAUUAUGAUCUUCUAGUAUAA